ACACACACACACACACACACACACACACACACACACACACACGCAUUCGCACAUACACAUACUCACACGUGCACACACAUCACACACACAGACACGCAAUCGACCAAGCUCUUUACCUGAAACCAAUACCCCCAAACUGUCAAAGUAUUCUGCUCUUUGCUUCGCCACUCUCGCAAGCACGAUGGUAAUGAUUUACAUUCGCUCGAAAACCACCCACGUCGUGGAGAAUGCCGAGGAGCAUACCGUAGGAGACGUCCGCUCCUGUAUCUGCCAGGCCGAAGGGCUGCCCCUGGAGGAGGUGAGGCUGUACGCUGCGGGGACGCUCCUCGACGACGACACCUUCCCUCUCGCCGACCUGACCGUCGACACCAUCGACGUCAACGUUGGCCUCAAGGGAGGGAAGGUCCACGGGUCCCUGUCGCGCGCCGGCAAGGUCAAGGGCCAGACCCCCGUGGUGGAGAAGAAGGAGAAGAAGAAGGGCAAGACCGGCCGCGCCAAGCGCAGGGCGCAGUACGAGCGCCGGCUGUUCCUCGCGAGCGUGAACCCUUCGGGCCGUAGGCGAGGCCCCAAUGCUCAGGGAGACAACAAGACAUAGUGAGCCCUGCGCUAGUGAUCUGCUAGUGACCAUGGCCGCUGUAAGCAGGGAGUCAAUACUUACUGAUUCUCUAAUGUGUAGUGAGAAAGAGCAGGACGCCUGGUUAGUAAUCUGCUAAUGGGAGACUGAUUCCAAGUAAAGGAAGUAGGUGAAGCCAAACGGAUGCUGCGUCGCCACUGCAUGUCACAAACACGGAAGGCAAUCAUUUUGAAGGAACCUUUAAGUAAAAAAAAA